CUCCACCGGAGCCCUCCGUCCGUCAGCCACACAUGCGGAGGCGCGCGUCGAAGACAGUGCGUGAAGCGGGUGUCUUGUGUGUGUACAUGUGUGUGCGUGUGUGUGUGUUGCAUCUUCAGACGCGUCUCGCUGCACACUUGUCGUUCUUGCGGAGGACAUUACCGCCUGCGUGCGUCUCCACUUCCCCGGGCCAUGGACCCGCUGCCCCGCAGAGCCCAGACCGACGCCCCGGCUCCGACACCACGGAACCUACCCGCUGGAAAUACUAUCUGAGAACUCCAUUUGCGAAGUGUCACUUGGUUCCUGCGCUCCGGUCCGUGCGUCAGCCAGCUCUCCUCUCGGACCUGGAGGCCGUCUGUCCAGCGAUACAUCGGCCUAACUUUUUCUACUGUACGGACGUUUAAAGCCUUUUUAUUCCGCUCCACGCAGUCCGAUCUGACUCUCCGUCCCGUCAAACUCCGCCGUCAGAUCCAACCAUUACUCUUAAAAAGGACAAGCGAGGCACCAUGGUGAACCCGGGCGGCAGCGGCCAGCCCCCGGCGGCGGGGUCGGGCUCCCUGUCGUGGAAGCGGUGCGCGGGCUGCGGGGGGAAGAUCGCCGACCGCUUCCUGCUGUACACCAUGGACAGCUACUGGCACAGCCGCUGCCUCAAGUGCUCCUGCUGCCAGGCGCAGCUCGGCGAGAUCGGCUCCUCCUGCUACACCAAGAGCGGCAUGAUCCUCUGCCGGAACGACUACAUCAGGUUAUUCGGGAACAGCGGGGCCUGCAGCGCGUGCGGUCAGUCAAUACCGGCCAGCGAGCUGGUGAUGAGAGCACAGGGCAACGUCUACCAUCUCAAGUGCUUCACCUGCUCCACCUGUCGGAACCGGCUGUUGCCAGGCGACCGUUUCCACUACAUCAACGGCAGUUUGUUCUGUGAACACGACCGUCCCACCGCACUCAUCAACGGACAUCUGAGCUCCCUGCAGGCUAACCCCCUCAUCCCCGACCAGAAGGUGUGUUAGAGAUGGAACCCGGACAGGAAGCUGGAGGCGUGCCUUCAUUUUAAGCCCCUCCCCCUCCACCAUCGUGCUCCUCCACCCGCGGCGACCACGGGGGAUCAGCACCCUGGGAAGACCGCACCCUCCAUCCCAGACCUCCUGACACCGCGCCCUCUCCAGAUCCUCAUCUCUCACACAGCCUCCUGCUUCGGCUCGGCCUUCCUCCCCAAAUACGGGAGAACAAACUCUCAAAGACGCCAGCGCCGUCGGAGCGCCAGGGUCCCGAACCCGGAGCGACUGAACUCUGGUCGGAAUUCCCAGAGAACUUUGGCAGCGGUCCGCGGAGAGCAUCGGAGAGGAGCGGCCGAAGAGAAACGAAUGCUCUCUGGAUUUGGCAUUCGCUCGUUUGUUUAAAAGACAUUUCCGGGAAACCAGGACCUUUUUAGUUUCCCUCUCUUCGUUUUCUAUCCUCGAUUCCCGACAACAUGUUGUUUCCACUUUCUAUAUUUUAAAUGUUGUAAAAGGGAUGUGUUUAUUCUUCGGUGAUUUAUAUAUAUAUCCUAAAGGUAUAUAUAUAUAUGUCUAUAUAUAUGUAGGGGGUUUAAAAAAAUAAAAGAAUCUGUGGCUUUUCGUGGGAAACCAAUCAUGGACUCUCUUGGUGUAUUUGUAAAGCUAUCAUGUAUGUACAGUAUGCAUGUCAAUGUUGUUGUCCAAGCGUGGUUCCAGUACACGUAUCCCUCCGCACCGAGCCCCACCACUCCAAUAAACCUCCGUCUGUGGCAAGCUGAAGAAAGAUAGUCCGUUCAUGCUCAUGUAGAAACAUAUAAAUGCUGAAUGAAAGAAAUUUAUUUGUGAUAUUUUCCGAGACAUUUGCUCCAGUACGGUGUAUUUAAUAAAAUAAUAAAUAAUGCAAAAAACA